GAGUCAAAUGCAGAGCAAAGGUCUCUUCAGAUUGAAAUGGAGACACUGCUAAAGAUGGGCAGAUAGAUGUCCACCCAUCUCUCCUCCUCCACCUGCACUGCUGCCAGCGUGAAGUUAACUACAGCUGUCCAUUCCUGUCCCGCCUAGCUCCAACCAGCCUCUCUUCACACCUCACUGCCAAAAGUCUUCAGUAUGUAUCAGAUUGUUCCGGUGGCUCCUGGGGAGCAGCAAAUGGCGGGGGGUCCUGGUGGAUCGCCAUUAAAGAAGAAGCUAGCUCAUGAAGGUCGGCCCCUGGUAAUGGCAGGCAUGUUGGGUUGUGUGUUGGUACUGGCUGCCGUGGUCGCCUGGUGUUACUAUUCAGCGUCUCUCCGUAAAGCCCAGCUGUUGGAGACUGAGUUGCUGGACCUCAAAAAGGAUGGCUUUGUCAUUCGUAACCUGGCGGGGGCUGUGAUCUUCACUAUGACCUUCAGGUCCGACACUCUGGAUCUGGACUCCUGCUCAAAGGAGGGAAAUAUUCUGAGCUGCACUAAGUCAGAUUCUGGCAAGCUCAACUUCUUUAUCCAGACAGUUCGACUAAAGGACACAGUGAUGUGUUAUCGCGUUCGCUGGGAGGAAUUGGAAAAUGUACACUCAGUGGAGCACGCUAUGGCUUAUAAUGGCUCUCACUGGUACGGAGGGGCAGAGUUGGCAACACAGCACUGGCCAAUCGAGAUCCAGGGUGAGGAGGAACCGCGGCCUUUUAUCACCAGUGAUGUCUACUCUAAUCGUAACGCUUUUGGGGGAAUCCUGGAGCGUUACUGGCUGUCAUCGAAUGCGACUGCCAUCAAGAUAAAUGACUCUGUGCCAUUUCAUAUGGGCUGGUCAGAGAAGGACAGGACCCUGAGGUUCCAGGCCCGCUACCAUGAGUCUCCAUUCAGACCACCAGAGGGACUGCAGGCCUUCCCUGAACUCAGCUAUAGAGUGUGUGUGGGGUCAGAUGUUACUUCUAUACACAAAUACAUGGUGCGUAGGUAUUUCCCAAAGCCUAUCAAAGUCCCAUCUCCUGAAGUGUUUGAACGCCCAGUGUGGUCCACCUGGGCUCUCCACAAGACGGCUGUCACUCAGGAGAAGCUGCUGCGCUACGCCGCUGACAUCACCAAGCAUGGCUUUAACUGCUCCCAUCUGGAGCUGGACGACCGCUACACGGCCGACUAUGGAGAAUUUGACUUUGACCCUCAGAAGUUCCCCAACGCCAGCGGGAUGUUUGACAAACUUAGAGAGGGCGGGUUUCAAGUGUCACUCUGGACACAUCCCUUUAUUAACUAUGACUCCAUUAAUUUUGGCGUUGCCGUGGAGAAAGGACUGUUUGUGAGGGAGCUGGGCGGUGAGCUGCCUGCUCUAGUUCGCUGGUGGAACGGUAUUGGAGGAAUCUUGGACUUUACCAACCCAGAAGCCCGUGAGUGGUAUUCCUCACAUCUGCGCAUGCUCAAAACCCGCUAUGAUGUAAUCUCCUUUAAGUUUGAUGCAGGAGAGACAAGCUACCUGCCACGCCAGUUCAGCACCCUGGUCCCAAUGUCUGACCCCUCCACCUUCACCCGCCGCUACACAGAGAUGGCUAUACCGUUCAGUGAGCGUGCAGAGCUGAGGGUGGGCUACCAGAGUCAGAAUAUCUCUUGUUUCUUCAGGAUCAUUGACAGAGACUCUGUGUGGGGCUAUGAGCUGGGCCUCAAGUCCAUCAUCCCGACUGUGCUGACUAUUAGCAUCCUGGGCUACCAGUUUGUCUUGCCUGAUAUGAUAGGAGGGAAUGCGUACCCCAACCGCACAGCAGGUGGUUUAGAUGGCAAAAGUGAUCUGCCAGACAGAGAGCUGUACAUCAGAUGGUUGGAGCUGUCGGCUUUCAUGCCUGCUAUGCAGUUUUCUAUACCACCGUGGGCUUACGACAAUGAGGUGGUGGAGAUAGCACAGAAGUUCACAGAGCUUCAUAAGACUCUGGUGGCCCCAAGGGUUCUUGAACUGGCAGGCGAGGUCCUUAAUACAGGAGAUCCAAUCAUCAGGCCCCUCUGGUGGAUCGCCAAUGACGACGAGGCAGCGUAUAAGAUUGACUCCCAGUUCCUUAUCGGGGAUGACCUGAUGGUGGCUCCGGUGUUGGAGCCAGGAAAGCAGGAGAGGGACAUUUACCUGCCCGCAGGACGAUGGAAGAGCUACAAGGGGGAACAUUUUGAUAAAGGCCCCAUGCACCUCACUGACUACCCUGUGGAUCUAGAUGAGCUAGCUUACUUCAUAUGGGUUCACUGAGGACAUUCAAGCAUUAAGACACAUAAACUCACACACAUACAGUUGUAUGCACAUGUACAUUCUCCUGAGCACACAUGCCAAGAAAUAGCAGGCGAUUGUUUUUCCAAAAGGGAAAUGACCACUAGGGAUCUUCUGCCACAGUAAAGUGCGAUUUUAGUGAAGAUUAACCUCAUGUCCACUCUGACUUGCUCUUGGUCUGGACUGCCGCCUGCAGAUCCACCCAAAGAAUUAGAAUGAAACUUGAAUUCACUUCUGAUUAUCUUGCUCCAUCCUUAAGGUGAUCCUCAUCCUCAUGUGCCUUCCACAGCCAAUAAAACCGAUCUCAGAUUGUAUCUUCACUGUAGUCUUCCACCUAAAAGACAUUGACACUACAAAUUCUUCUUCUUCUAAGCUUGAGCCCCACAGCUAGAGUGGUUUUGGUUUGAGGGUGACGGUAAGCUUUAUUUCCCUCUGUGUGGAUCUUAUUUCAGUGUAGAUGCAAUAACUGCAUGAUAAGGUAACGUAUGUGUCUUCAUUGUGGCUUGACCGGGUUUGGCACUGAAACGGCAAUAAAUAUGCGCUCUUGAGUUGGACAGAUGCACCCCUGCUCAAAGGGCAUGUCUAACUUUACGUUACCAUGGCGACUUUCCCAAAUACCUAUGCUUAAGCUAACUUGCAUUCAUUUGCACAACAAGUAACUUUUUAGUCACUUUCUCUCCAUAUUUAUGAACUUUCUUUUUGAUUUGUGGAUAGUGUUUGGGUGUAUAUACUGUACAGUAAAUUCAUGUAAUUCUUGGUGUACAUUUGGGGUAUUUGUCAUGAUCUACAGGCUGCAAAACAUUUUUAUGACAACAUUCCUUGACCAGUGCCAUUCUGUCAUUUCAGUGCCAAAAUCUACUGCUUUAUGUUUUUUUCCCCCAUCUGUACAAGUCUAAUUCACAGCUCAGGGUAGAUUUAAAAGGAAACAUUUGUUAUGUUAAUAUGAAUUCUGUUGAUCUACUGAAAGUAAAUAGAUUUGCUACACUACUGAUUUGCCUUGUACAACAUAGCUCUCAAAAAUGCCAUAUUUUUAUGUGCCGUCCAUGUCUGCCUUGUAACUUACCUUGCCUUAUCAGCUGAACUAAGGGAUGCCAAUGUUAGCACAUAGAACCUUUUAUGUUUUUAAGCUCUAACAAUGCCAAGCACAUGAUGAGUUUUAAUUCAAAAUCUGCCAUUUGAAUAUAUGUUUGUCUGUUGAGAGUAAAGCACACUACUAAAUGCCUUGCUUGACAAUAAUUAUACUAUAUAAGAGAAUCAUCUCUGUUUUUGAAAUGUUAUAGUCAGUAUGUACUGGAUUGUUAUGUGAUUAUAACAUCUUUUAGAUUAUUCUUAUGGAAUAGGACAAGUUUAGACACAUGAAAUCACCCUGUUUAAAAUUGGCACAGUCUUUGUGUUGCUAACUUGCAUUCUUGUCCCUCAACCAGAUAGUUACAAAGUCAGAAAUGAUGAAGUGUAGCUUAGCUUUUUUCUACAGAAGAUCAAAGAACACUGUUUGCAGGUUGAGGUGCACAAAGAAAAAUGUAGGACCCGUAAUGUCAGAAGUGGUGUAAGUACUUAAAAACUCUACUGGUGUGCUUUGUUAAUCCUCAGGAUCAACAACUAACCACAUAAUUUAUUAAUGUUGAUACUUUAUGUUCAGUUUCAUCAUGCAUGCUAUUAUUUCUGUAAACAUUUGAUGUGAAAUGCAGGUUGUGAGGAAUAAAACAAUUUA